AUGGAACAGAAAAUUAAUAUGAGCGUAUUUUAUAAAAUUGGAACGUUUUUCCUUUUAACGUGGAUAUGUCAUUUUGUCAAUGAUGAUAGCAAGUUAAAUAAUAUUUUGAAUGCGCAAUAUAAUGUUGAUAGAAAAUUAGGUACAAGAACAUAUCGAUUACUAGCAAGACAUAAAAAUAAGAACGAUUCAGACAUUUUAUUUUUAAAUGAAGAGAUGCCAAAUAAUAGAGUGUACAAUAAAAAAGGGGAAACUUGCAGAAGGAAACGAUCAAAUGGAAGUUCAUUUAAUAAUGAAGAAGACUAUGAACAAAUUGGGAAAAGUAUACCUUAUUUAUACACAAAAAGAUGUUCAAAUCCUAAUAAAAGGAAGGUGGACAAAUUAUAUUACUUAUGUAAAGUUAGGAAUAUAAUGAAUACUGAUAUAACUAAUUUAAGAAGUAGUGUCCGUGAUAAAUAUGUGUUUCUUAUUACUUCUUUUAUUGUGCUUUUAGGAAUUGCAGCGGCAUUAACUUUUGCAUUAAAUGAAAAAAGUUUUGAAAUUGGAACUAUUGCUAUUGAUAGUUCGUAUUUGCCAGAAUUUAUUGUUCUUUUAGCAAUACCUGUUAUAAUUUUAUUAAUUUUUAUUUACAUCUUCAGAAAUGUUGUAAAAACCCAUAGAACAGCGAAUUUUAAAUGUAAAUUGCACAAAACGAAACAUGUUUUACUAAAAUAA